CCAGUUAUCGAAAGCAAAAGUGAAACAGAUUGCGACCAGAAGGAAAAGGGAAGGAAGGCUGGUUUUUUGGGCAAAGACUGAAUACUUGAUCCAGAGGUACAUUUCACAGAUGAAAAAACUGAAGCAAACAGAAUUAAGUGACUCGACCAGGACACAGCUGUUAAAUAUCUGCAGCCAGAUUUUAACACAGUUCUUAAUCUCCUUGCCUGAUUCUUCAACCGGUAAAAUGAGAUAGAAAAGAAUAUGUCUUUUAAAAAUGGAGAAGAAAAAUAUAUUCCCACAAGAAUUAGUGGAUGUUCAUGGAACCCCUCUCUUCUGGACCAUCACAGAAGCAUGGUCCCAAGUAGAAGGAUUUGAGGCCAAACCAGAUGACCUUCUCAUCGCUACCUAUCCCAAAUCUGGUACCACUUGGGUCAGUGAAAUCUUGGAUCUGAUCUAUAACAAUGGAGAUGUAGAGAAAUGCAAACGAGAUGCUAUAUUCAAUCGGAUCCCUCUUAUGGAACUGAUAGUGCCUGAAUUUUUAAAUGGUGUAAAGAAAUUAGAAGAAAUGAAGUCCCCACGCCUAGUGAAAACCCAUCUGCCAGUGGAACUCCUUCCUCCCUCUCUGUGGAAGAAUGACUGUAAGAUGAUCUAUGUAGCACGGAAUGCUAAGGAUGUCGCUGUCUCUUACUAUUAUUUUCAUAAGAUGGCAAAGAUGUUCCCAGAGCCUGGUACUUGGGAGGAGUUUCUGGAGGAAUAUAUGACUGGAAAGGUGACUUAUGGUUCCUGGUAUAACCAUGUGAAGGGCUGGUGGGAGAAGAAGAAGGACUACCGUAUCCUCUACCUCUUCUAUGAAGAUAUGAAGGAGGACCCAAAAGGUGAGUUAUUGAAAAUACUGAAAUUCUUGGAAAAGGAUUUCCCAGAAGAGAUUGUGAAUAAAAUCCUCUAUCACACCUCCUUCGAGAUAAUGAAAGACAACCCAACAGUCAAUUAUACCAUGGUGCCAGAAGAUGAAAUGAACCACAAAAUAUCUCCUUUUAUGCGAAAGGGGAUUUCAGGUGACUGGAAGAAUCAUUUCACCGUAGCCCAGUAUGAGAGAUUCGAAAAAUAUUAUAACCAACAAAUGGAAGGUACUACACUGAAGUUUCGGUCUGAGAUCUAAGGAAUGUCUCUCUUCCCUCCAAACUUCUCAAAUGUUUGCAAGAAGAAAAACACCUAUCAAUAAUAUGUAUAGGCUUUGAGCUUCUACAGUUGCAUGAUUUAGCACUUUAUAUAGAUAUUGCUGAGAAAAGUCCUAACGUUUAAAUCAGAAGAUGUAAAGAAUGAUUUCCAAGAUUUCCUAAUAAACUGUCUGCUCAAAUGUUUAUAUUAUCUUAAAGAAUUAAAUCAUGAAACAAUGAUUUUAAAAGCACCCAAUUACACAUUUUCCUAUUGUACAAUGUUGUAACUAGAGUUGAACAAUGGGUCCUUGUCCAGAAGCAAAAAAAAAUUUAGAAGGUUGAAAUUUUCUUAGAUUGAUGAUUUUAAAAGGUUAUAAACUUUUCAAAGUUAAUUUGUGUUGUGUUUGAUAGCUUAUGGAAUUCAGUAGAAUUAAAAUGUACCUCUUUAACAAAGACUAUUAGUUUAAAGUGGAAAUUACCAAAAGAUAGAAUAUAUGCCAGAAGUGAAUUCCUCACUAGUUAGGGCCCACCAAGUUCCCAAUCAAAGUGGCCACCUAAACACCUAUAUAACUUUCUCUUAACAAAGUUCAGCAUCUUUGUAUCUCUCCUACUCAAUUGACUUUGUCUUAAUUAUUUCCUAUACUGUUUUUACAUCAUAUGUUUUCAAGUUAAUUUGAGAUCCCAUUUUGAUCUCUCUGCCACAGAUAUCAAAACUGUCAAUUAUAGUUGUAUGCUACCUUGUUUCUUCAAGACUUAAUUGUAUAAGUAGUAGAAAGGAUUAAAUGAUGUCUCUUGCUGGAAGAAAAUCUCAGCAUGAGGGAAGCUUUGAGAUCAGUGAAACUCAAAAACAACCUUCAACAAAACUAGUUCCCCAAAUCAUUACUGUCUCCUUCCAUGAAAACUGGUGUGUGUCAAAUCAAUGAGUUUUUAAGAGUCUACACAAGAAAAGUAAUAGAUAGCUUCACCCUCAGGUGGCCCAAUAACCUAUUUCAGCUAAUCAAGAUAACUGCAUUAUAAUCUUACAACAAUUCAAUGUUUUGAUAGUUACUUUCUCCAUGGAUAAUCUACAAUGAUAAUAUAAAAUAAUAUCAAGUAACAAAAAAUAAAUAUAGAGAACAAAUACCAAAAA